GGCGAGGGGCCGAGCAAAGAAAGAAAAAUGAGCGAGACAGAGGUAUAUGGCAGAAUGGGGAGCAAAAGAAGCGUUGCUAUUUUUUUUCUCUGCGCUGUUUGUUUGCUUUCCCAUGCAUGCAUAAUGAAGGAUAAUUGGGGCAUGCUGCGAAGCUUUUUUCGUAUUUAAGGUCUCCUAAUAAUUCAUCUGUGGAAUUGUACGGCCAGGUUAAGGCGAAGAGGCCAGUCGCCUUUUAUAAGUCUCCCACAACAAACCAGCGCUGGAAGUGAGCCUGCAGCCAGAAAUCCUUGCGUGGACUGAAGGAAUCUGCCGGGAGGGGAAAGCUGUCAGAUCGAGCGGAGACAUUUUUUUUUAUUAUUAUCCUACUUUGAAAACUGCUGCACUCUGCCUUUGACUAAUAUCCGAAUCAGGCGUGGAAUCAGAAAAGGAGCUCGGGACCUAACUGCUGCUGCUAUUGAGCUGUUGCAAGAGAAGCGAAUGAAAGUGCAGCGCACAGCUUUGGACUCAAUGUAAACUCCGCAGACAAAAACUAACGGAGGAGCGGUCCCAGAUGCAACUUUGCAUUUAGACUCAGGAUUGCCUGUCACGGAACUAAUGGAUACAUGAGCGCCUUGUUCAGCAAACCUGACACGAGUUGUGGUUGGUUUCUUCGAGUGCCGAGAUGGCGAGUUUGGCCAGUUCUGUUCAGCGUGCGACUCGCUGGGUUUGGUCCGUGGUAGGCUUCAUUGUGUUGUGCGGCUGCCUUGCGUUCAGUUCUCCAGCCAUCGGACGACGCAUGGUAUGCUGGCAGGCGAUUAUGCUGUGCCAGGGAGAAGCGGAAUGUAACUACGCCUACGAGCAAUAUAUUGAGGCGUGCUUGCCGAUGAUCAGCGGGGACACAUAUCGGUGUCCGAGGCACUGCAUCUCCGCACUCAUCCAGCUCAACCACACCAAGAACGGACCUUAUUUAGAGAACUGUGACUGUGUCAAUGAUGAGCGCUGUAAAGAAACGAAAAGGGCAAUUGAACCAUGCAUGCCAAGAACUAACGGCGUGUUGGGCUGCACGGAGGCGCGGCGCAAAUGCGACCUGGACCCCCGCUGCAACUUUGCCAUGCGCAACUACUUAAUGCGCUGUAAUAAACUCAUCAGUGGCAUUCGCUGCACGGACGAUUGCAGGAAUCUUAUCGAGGAGAUGGUCUCCGUGCCUGCUGCCGUGCUUUUGAACGAGUGCAUAUGCGAUGGGGUGGAGAGGCCCAUAUGCGAAGCUGUGAAGGAGAACAUGGCACGUUUGUGCUUCGGCCCCGACAGCAGCACGGGAAGUAGCGGCUCGGACGUUGGGGACUACUAUUACGAUGACCUCGAGCCCGAAGAGAGGACGUCCUCCGUCGAGGAGACGAGUCCCAACUCCGGCUCGCUUUCCAGGAUUCCCGGUAUCUUGACUCUGUCGGCAUCCAUCUUGCUCCUUGUGCCUUUCCUCUAAGUAUCAAGUGGACCUGAAAUACGGUUAUCCUCAAGGGGGUCGCCUCAUGAGGAUUUUCCGCUUGCAAUGAUACUCCAAAGAGGGUGCAACUCCUUUUUUAUUUUUAAGCUAUUGUUAAUGCCCGUGGCUUUUAAGCUAAAAUAGGGCAAUUCUAUGCAACCUUGGUGCCAGUUCAACUGGCGUUAAAGUUAAAUGGAUACUAGUAUUUAUUUGAUGACUUAUCUCGGGAGCGUCUACUCUUUGUGAAGUUCAGAAGUGUUCCUUGUAAUACUGCUUGCUCGGUGCCUCCAAGACAAGAUUGCGAGCAGGUGACAGACCGCUGUCAUUUUGGGCUUUUACAUGCAAUACCCUAAACUGCUAUCCAUUUCGUCUACUGGUUUGAAAAGGCUGUGCCUUAAAGACAAAACACAUAAUAAAAUCAGGGCGCAACUCUUGUGAACUGUAGUGAACAAUGCAGAUUGUUUUUAGGCUUAAGUGAAGCGGUGCACUGCCAUUAGAACUAACCCCUGAACGUUGUUCAAAGGGUUUAUGUAAAGGUUUAUUGUUGCCUUUUAUGAUAUCGGGGUGUCAGUCUCUGGUAUAUGUCUUCAUUAAACGUCUAUUUAAAACUGGCUUUUUGUUACCAGUUGACUCCAUAUUGUACAUAAAUGGUAAUGUAUGAAUACAUUUUUAAAGUAAUUUAUUAAAAUAUAGUGUUCCGAUCAAUUCCAUAGACUGAAGGUCAUGCUUGUAAUUAAAAUUUAUGCUUAAAGUUACAUAAUCCAAUGUUUAUUUUAAAGGGAAAUCAACUUUUAUUACACCAGUUUAUGCUAAACACUCCAAAUGUAUAGUGUAUUAUAUAGAUUUUUUUUCCAGAGAUUAUCUUUUAAUUGUAUAAUGUCGAGAAGUAUUGUUGAGCAUAGAAAUGAAUAAAUGUAUUGUAUGACUGCCUUAAUGUUGUAUUUUUUAGGAGGCAUAAAAAGAGACUUAUUGUUUAAAA